AUGGCUUGUGUAGCAGUAGCUUCUCUUGUGAGAACAAUAGAGCUUGAGUUCUUGCAAUAUCAGCCUCGUCCACUUGUACUGCACAAUCAUCUCAUCUCUUUCAACAAAGACUUGAUCCAAUCUUUCCACCAAAAGCUUGGGUUUCUCAUAACUCAGCUCGAUGAGGAAAGAAUCGAUGGCGUUGAAGCAGUUAAACGCUUGGAAACCAAGCUCCGGGAUUUAGCUUUCAGAGUGGAAGAUGAAAUUGAAAUCCUAGUAGCAGACCUUUAUGAUGAAGAUGAAGAUGAAGUCAAAAUAGCAGAUCUCGUUUUGAAAGAGGAAAACCCACAGAAGGACACAGAAGGGGAGAAGACUACUCAGCCUUAUUGUGUGAAACUUCAUCAAGUUUUUCAAAGUGCAAUGGAAGAAAUUGAAGCCAUCGAGGAAGAGUUGGUGAAAAUCAAGAAUAUGGACGAGGCAGAAGGAAGAAAGACAGCCCAUGAUGUUCUACAAAGGUCUGAAGUUCUUUCCUUCCAGCAUGAUUCACACUCCAAGGAAGAAAUGGUCGGGAAAAUAGACGAGUUUGAGAUAAUCAAGAAGCUGCUAACUGAACUUGGAUGUAAGGAAAAAAAAGUUGUAUCUGUUAUAGGUAUGGGAGGAAUCGGUAAGACAACUUUGACCAGGAAAGUUUAUGAAGAUCCGUUAGUUUCUAUCCACUUUGACGUGCGAGCUUGGGUUGUCGCAUCACAGCUUCACAAUAAGAGGCAAAUGCUUGUUGGUCUUCUUAAUUCAAUUUCCGAACAAGGCAACCCAGAAAGCUCCACUGAUGAGGAUCUUGCUUUAAAACUCUAUCAAUGUUUAAAGCGUCAAAGGUACAUGGUCGUGGUUGAUGAUGUGUGGAGUGGUGAGGCAUGGGAUGAUGUUAGCAAUUGCUUUCCUGAUGAUGGUAAUGGGAGUCGAGUGUUGUUAACUACUCGCCUCGCAGAGGUGGCAAAUUAUACUAGCUCCGACAAUGACUUUUUUCAUCAUAUGCAAUUAUUGGAUCAAACUGAUAGUUGGAAUUUAUUUUGUGAAAAGACAGGUAAAUCUCGAGGUGCUGAAUUUGAGAUAAUCGGGAAGCCAAUUGUUGAAAAGUGCAAAGGAUUGCCUCUAGCAAUAGUUGUGGUUGCCGGACUAUUCUCCAAACUCAAUACACUAAAUGAGUGGGAGAAUAUUGCAAAAGCUCUAGACUCUUCUACAACAACAACUAUUGCGGCAACAUGUUUAAAAAUACUCUCACUGAGCUACAAUCAUUUGCCUCACCAUUUAAAGGCAUGCUUUUUAUAUUUAGGGGUUUUUCCAGAAGAUAAUGAGAUCAAUGCUAAUGAGCUUUCAAGAUUAUGGUCAGCGGAAGGACUUGUAAAAGCAUCCGAGAAUGAAAACUUUGAUACAGUGGCUGAAAGGUACAUACAAGAACUUAUGGAUCGAAACCUAAUUCUUGUGAGCAAGUGGAGUUGUUGUGGAAGAAGAAUUAAAGUGUUUGGGGUGCAUGAUUUAAUGCAUGCCUUUUGUGUGAAAGAAGCUCAAGAGGAAAACCUUUUGCAUGUUGUUCGAGAAAAUGGUUCAGAUUUUCCUCAAAGAUGCUUCCGUUGGUUCAAGCUAUUGAGGGUGUUCUUCUUUAUUAGCUAUCGGAUGUACAAAAACAUUGUGGAUCUCGUCCAUUUGAGAUAUUUACCUCCAGCGCUUGAUAAUCGUAUGAUUAUGGAACUGUUCAAGGCUUGGAAUCUUCAAACACUAUAUAUUUGUUCAGAUAAUAGGAACUAUUUAGAGUUCCCACAAUUGCAAUAUUUUCGUUGUGUAUUUAUUACGGGACAUCCUCCCAAAUUUGUUCAUCAAAACUUGCAGAGUCUUUCUUGGUUGAGCCCUAAUCACUGCACAGAAGAAUUCUUUACACAUGUUCCAAAUGUAAAGAAGAUACAGAUUGCCGGUGCAAUAAGAGAGUGCAAUGAUUGCAUCGAGAAUCUUGUCAAUUUACAGCAGCUGGAGAGACUGUAUAUUAAUGCUAAUAGAAGGGAUUAUACGAGUCCAAACAUGGUCCAGAUUAACAGCCAUAUUGUUCUCUUGAAAAGCCUUAAGAGGUUAAAGUUUCGAAGUAAUUGGUUUGAGUGGAAUGGAAUUAAUGUUCUUUGCAAGUUGCCUAGGUUGGAGGUGCUCAAGUUAAUUGGUGCCUGUGUAGGCGAACUGUGGGAGCUACCAGAGGAUGACAAAUUCUGCCAGUUAAUUGUUUUGGAAAUUGUUGCAACUAAUCUCAAGGAUUGGAAAGCCACUGGUGAUCAUUUCCCAAAACUUGAGCACCUUUGCCUUUUUUCAUGCAGGAAAUUGAAAGAGAUCCCUAGCGGGUUUGCAGAAAUUUCGAGAUUGAAAUCAAUCCAAUUAGCGGGUUGUCGUUCUUCUGUGGUUGCUUCAGCCGAGGGAAUCAAGGAAGAACAACUUGAUUAUUUGAAUAAUAUUGUGAAUGUGGUUGUGGCGGAGCAACGUUGCUACUCUCCGGAUUCUGAGCUCGAGUCUGAUGAUGAAGCGUAG